UUAUGGUCACUGUGACGUCAGUGGUCGGUAUGAAAACAAAAAUUUUGUAGCCGGCGCACCGCUUCUUGCCAACUGCAAAAUCGAAAAAUUUACCUUUAUCUUGAGAUGGGAACCUGAAAUUAAUUCGUUUUAAGAAAAGGUAUUUGGUUUCUCUUCGUUUACGGUGUUUGAUUGCUAAACUUAAGUCGCAGUGACCCUGUCUUCACUGUAAAAUGUUUGAGGUUAGAACUCGCCUUGGCCGUUCCUUAAUUUCUCGUUAAAAAGUCAUUUUCGUGGCCUGUCAACGCAAUAAUGGCCAAGUACUUAGUGCAAAUAAUCGUGGUCGGGGCCACGGCGGUGGGGCGAGCCUUCACAAGGGCUUUGAAGCAAGAAAUCGCGGCCAGUCAGCAAGCAGCCCAGAGAGCAGGAGGGGGCAAGGCAGGAUCUGAGAGUGCAGCCACUAGUGCAAAGACUGGAAUCACCAUCGAGGAGGCCAAGCAGAUCCUCAACGUCAAGGACCUAGACCCCAAAGCCAUUCAGGAGAACUAUGAUUUUCUGUUUAAAAUUAAUGACAAGGCUAAAGGAGGAUCCUUCUACCUCCAGUCCAAAGUGUUUCGAGCCAAGGAGCGCCUGGAUGCGGAACUUCAAAUAAAAGGAACAAAGCCACCUAAAGAUGGAGCAGAAAGUAGAUCACCUGAUGAUAAAAGUCCAGGUGGUAGUUAAUCAAACAUAUUUAAUAUUAGUUAGAUUCUCAAAAAGGUAAUAUUUUAAAUUGUUUUUGAAGAGAAUAUGUGUGUGUGUGUAUUGCAUCAUAAAAUGUUACGGAGAUUUUGUCGAAGUGAUGUAAUUGAAGUGUAACAAAGACUAUUGUUGCUAUUUUAGUAAUAAAUGAGUUAUGGUGCAAUGCUUCAUGUGGUAAGAUUUGUGCUGUCUCAUAAGUGCCCUUUACGACUGUUAAUUUUAUUUGAUGCGCUGGUAGUAGAUUCCAAUACAUUAUUCACCAAGGAAUGUACCUGUCUUGAUUGUAAGUGUCCACUUCUCUAUGUUAAUGUUUCAUGAUGGUAUAAAAUUUUACCUAUUGAGCCUUUGUGUAUCAUUUACUUCUGUAUGAGUAAUUGGUUGGCUCACUGUAAUCCUAAAAGUUGAUAAAUGUUAUCAAGUUUGUUGUUUUUUGGUAGUUCAUUAGCACACUGAAAUUAAAUAUUUGAAUGCAUCAAA